CUGAACUGCCGCCGGAGUCCGUUCUUUUCCAUUUUGGCAUAUCACCUAAACCCUUGAAGAUGACGCCGGAGUCCGUUCUUCUCUAUUUUGGUAUAUCACUAAAAUCCUAGAAGAUGAAUUGAGCGUCGUCGUCGGGGGAUUUGUUUCGUUAGCCCUGAGCGGAUCUCCGGAGUUGCUGUUGCUUGCUUACUCUUACAAGCUACGAUUUCAUACAAAUAUUUUGACUUGGUGUAAGGUUUCUAUGAUAUUUUGCUAUCGCGACAUUCACGCACACUCCGGGUGAAGAAUCAUUCUCUGACAAAUGGAUUUCGACAGAAUCAGCGGACUUCCUGACAACGUCAUUGACAACAUUCUUAAAUACUUGCCUUUGCCAAAUGUGGUGAGAACUAGCGUACUAUCUAGAGAAUGGAGGUAUAAGUGGGUAACAGUUCCGCAUCUAAAUUUCGAUUGGAGCUUCGACCAAUCGCUGCCUUCAGAAUGCCCCCGUGAAUGUGUCAUUUCUCACAUAUUGCUAUUUCACAAAGGAUCCAUAGUCAAGUUUUCACUUACACAUGGUCUUGACCGUGGCCAUAUGGUUGUGGAUCGAUGGCUCCUGAUCUUGAAAAGCAAAUGUGUUGAGGAGUUAUCACUAUCACUCGAUGCUUUAAACAAACCCACUCUAUAUGCCAUUCCUAAUGAUCUUUUUAGUUUUCAUCUCCUUAGGGACCUGCUGCUUACUUCUGCUGACAUCAAUUUGCCUUCUACUUUCCAAGGUUUUAGUGGGCUUGUCAAACUUAGUCUUAGGAAUGUCCGGAUCACCUCUGAAAAUCUGCGCAUGUUUAUGUCUAAAUGCCCAAAGCUUGAGUCCUUGUCUCUUAGUGAGUUGACAGGCAUCACAACAUUUUGGUGCCAUGAUGUUGAUGCUCCUAGAAUGAAAUACUUGAGCCUUGCACAAAUUGAUGUCAAACUACCUCGUACUUUCAAUGGUUUCAGUUUGCUUGCCGAACUUUGGCUUUGGACAGUCCAAAUUGCUCCUCAAGAGUUGCAAAGGUUUGUAUCUGAAUGCCCAUUGCUUGAGUUGGUGUCUGUUCAACUCUGUUUUGACCAAACUCCAUCUUGCCAUCUUGAUAUUAAUGCUACUAAUCUCAAACACUUAACUCUUGAUCAUGUUGAUUUCACACCAACUUUUGAAGGUUUUAGUCGGCUUAUCCGACUUGAUCUUGAGAAUGUCCGAAUUACUCCCGAGGAGUUGCGAAGUGUUAUUUCAAAAUGUCCAAUGUUUGAGUGGUUGUCUAUUAGCUCGUGUUUUGCUCCAACUACAGUUUGGUGCCUUGAUAUAGAUGCUCCCAAUCUUAAAACGUUGUAUCUUAACCAAACCGACAUCAAACUCCCCCCUACAUUCAGGGGUUUUGGUAGGCUUGAUAGUCUUUCUCUUGAAGAACUUCGCAUUGAUCCUAAAGAGUUGCAGCUGCUUGUGUUAAAAUGCCCAAUGCUUGACUUAUUGAUUGUUGAUAAAUGCAAUGACCAAAACACAUUUUGGUCCCUCAACAUUGAUGUUCCAAAUCUCCGGAGCUUGGAUUUAGAGGGCUUGUUCAGUUCAAUUUCUUUGAAAAAGUCAGGAUCUGUUAAAGAAGUUUCAGUCGAGUAUCCGUAUUAUGGUUUAUUAAGUGAAGGAACUGAUAAUGGAACUUUUAGAUCUUCUGGGAGUAACAUAAUUGAGUUUUUUGGUCAGCUUCCAUCUCUUGUAAAAUUGGAAGUUGGUAUUUCCUUUUUGCAGUUCUUGGCUCUCGGUGGCGUGCCACAAGAACUUCCUUGCAAGCUCAACAGUUUGAUGAAGAUUGAACUAAGAAAUAUCAAUUUUGGAAUCUUGGACAAUGUCAGUUGUGCUGUUUGCUUGAUUAGAAGCUCCCCUGUCUUGUGCAUCCUUCAUAUUACAUUUGAAGCUUGGAAUUCCGUGUGGUGGGGUCAGGUUAGUGAUAUAAUGAGAGCGGUACAGACGUACAAAACUGUCGAAUAUCUGAAAGGCGAACAAAAGCAAAAUAUUCCUUACAACAACCUCAAGACUGUGAGUAUUGAAUGGUUUUCGGGUGUUGAACCUGAAGUAGAAUUUUUGAAGCUUCUUUUACUAUGGGGGACUGAACUUGAACAAUUGGAACUAGUUUCUUAUCGUGUGUCUGAAGAAUUAGACAUGGCGAUCGAAGAGUUGAAGAUGUUCCAUUGGCAGUCAUCUUCUAAAGCUAAAUUUAUCAUAGAUAAACAGCUGGUGUGAAAUUUUAUCUCGGGAAUGAACCUACUCUUCAUCUUUGCUUUUGUUCUAUUAUUUUUGUUAUGGUUUCUUCAUUUUAGGAUAUUACAAUUUGUGCUAAUCUAGCUAUUAUAUAUGAUUUUCUUUAAUGUUUUAUGACAUUUUUUAGAUUAUUUGCAUUUA